AUGAACUUCAUUAGGACCUUGGCCACUAGAUCUGCGGCAAAGUUUCAGGACGUGGUGAUAAUUGGUGGGGGUCCAGCUGGGCUCACCCUUUUAUCGGCGUUGAAAACCUCACCAAAACUUAAACAUUUGCAAUGCACCUUGGUAGAAGGGCAAUCGUUGGACCCUGUACGAGAGUUUGAAGUCAAUCCCCCAGAAAACUACACCAAUAGAAUAGUUUCAUUGACUCCAAAAUCAAUCGAAUUUAUGCAAAACCGCAUUGGCAAUUGGGAGUAUGCCCAUCAAGACAGAAUUCGCGAAUACGACGGGAUUAUUGCUUACGAUUCGCAAGAUGCUUCAGCACGAAUCGAGCUUGACGUAACUUCAAUUGGCAAGGACACCCUAGCAACAAUGUGCGAAGUUAUUAAUAUCCAAAGUUCAUUAUUGAGAAAAUUGGAAGAAUUGUCAGCGCAUGAAACAAGCGGCAUUGAAAUUUUGGACUCUACUAAAGUGACUGAAAUUAUCAAUCCGUUGGAAGAAACACAAGAUUUGGAGAAUCAUGAUUUAAACCAGCCUGACGCUUCAAUAGGGAACCCAAAGUUGGACUGGCCAAUAGUGAAGUUAUCGAAUGGAGAAUCGAUACAAACGAGAUUGUUGAUUGGUGCUGAUGGCUACAACUCCCCCGUUCGUAAGUAUGCACAUAUCGAAUCCAGAGGUUGGCAAUAUAAUAGGUUUGGAGUAGUUGCUUGUAUAAAAUUACAAUACGAGGAUUUUAGAUCGGUUGGGUGGCAACGUUUCCUCACUACUGGCCCUUUGGCCAUUUUGCCAUUAACAGAGGAUAAUGCCACGAUUGUUUGGUCUUCUACUCCAGAACUCAGCAGUUUAUUGUUGAAGGUGAAUGAGGCAAUUUUUCCUCACUUGAUAACUGCGGCAAUGGUGUUGGAGGAAGUAGAUUUAAAUUACAUUUACAGUGUAUUGGAGGAAGACCCCAAUGAUUUUUCCGUACUAAAAGAUAUUGAAUGGAGGUUGGGCAAGUUUGACUCAAGAACAUUGGAAGAAAAAUAUCCAUUACCCGUAUUAGAGCUUGUACCCAACACCAGAGCUAGAUUUCCAUUGAAGAUGUCGCACGCGGACACUUAUAUCGCCCCAAGAGUGGCUCUUGUGGGUGAUGCUGCUCAUACAAUCCAUCCUCUUGCAGGACAGGGCUUGAACAUGGGUCAAUCUGAUGUAGCUGCUUUGGUGGACGCCUUAGAGCAAGGUUCCAGUAGGGGCAUGGACUUGGGUUCGACUUUAGUGUUGGAACAGUAUAAUGCAAACGCCUGGCCUGCAAAUCAUGCUAUGUUGGGAAUAUGUGACAAGCUACACAAGAUUUUUUCAACUGAUUUUUACCCGCUAGUUCUUGCUAGAGGUGCAGGAAUGAAAGGAUUGAACAUGUUUGGUAGUGUUAAAGACGUCAUGAUGAAAUUGGUGAGUGGUAGAUGA